UACACCUCUCUCUUUGUAUUCUUACGUUCUCCUUCCCAAUUAAGUGACGAUUGCCGACAUUAGUAGAAUUCUUUACCAUGCCUACAAACCCAACCAAAGUAGUAUUCUUGAUAGAUGAACAGUCUUUAAUGAGAGAAGACGGGAUAACAUUAGAGCAACUCAAGUUGGCCAUUAUGCGUACACUCAUAUUUUACCAUUCACAGCCAGAGUCACAAGAAAUCUUAUGGGGUUAUCGUUUCUUCAGUACGCAAACCAGAUACGCCUCCGGAUCGAUUCGACAUUUCUACGGCCUGACGAAGGACUCGUUUCAGGCUAUCGAUGUGGAAUAUCAAAAGCGAGAGAAUGACAGACAAAAGACAUGUACACUGGGAACACCCAUGAUGCGUUUGAAGCAAGUCUUGAAGGAAGCCAUCGGAGACUUCCAAUGGGAGAAUACGGAUUUAGGCACAGGCUCAUCUGUCAAGCAAUACAUGUAUCUUUUGACAGAUUGCCCUUCUAAUACAAAGGAACUACAUCGUUUUUUUGUAUCCUCUACCGAGCAAGAACCUCCCGCACCCAGUCCAUUCCCCACCAUUUAUAGACCUUAUUUUCAACAGACAAGGGAGGAUUUAGCCAGCACAUUAUCACAAAGUUAUACCCAGCGUCAAAUAUCUCUUAGCAUCGUCAAUACUCGUUUUCAAUUUGCUCCCAAUCAUCCCAUGGAGCAACUUGUUGAACAAACCAUUCGUCAGGGGUUUACAUCGUGCGCUCAACAAUUUGGUGGUAAUUACAUUAUAUUCAAAUUACUCAUUCGAAACUAUCAUGUUUAUGGUCAUUCGUUUGUAUCCGAAUUCGCAAACAUCCUGCCUCAUCCCCACUACACCGAUCAAGCACGCUGUCAGAUUCCUGUUUGGAAGGGCCCCUUCAAAACAAAACUAGGUAAAUCCUUGGGCAACUUUGCUCUUUUCCCCUGUAAAAAAAUUGGUAACUAUCAAGCCAAUACCUUGUCUUUUAUAUCCGAGAUUCGAACACAUCGUAUUCUUCACGCCAGUCAAUUCUCGGCUUCCUGGCUACUCAAUGAUAAUCCCGUAGAACCCGAUCAUGACUAUAAACUGACGUACGAGCCUGGUGAAUCACCUCAUCUGAUCAAUGCUGUCUUGGACGAACUGUAUGCGACCCAGUCUGUGCUGAUUGCAGAACUAGUGCCAAUGGCAGGUUAUGAAGAGGUGUCGAGAAAGGUGUGUAUCGAACCCUUUUCGAGGUCCUCAGCGUCAUUGCGAUUUUUGAAUAUUCAGAGUUUACCCAAUACUAUCCGGUUAAAUCAAGUGGUGGUGGAUGAAGAGUAUCCAGUGGGUAGUUAUAUUGAGGGCACACAGCUUGAGAUUCAGUUACCAGCAGAGAAUGAAUCGGCAGGGAAAACAGGCAUUAAAGUGAAUAUGGAAGCACCGAGUUUUAUCAAGAAGGCAGUGCAAUCCCGGAAAUUAGAGGCAUUAAAAGAAAAGAGACCGAUAAGAAAUACGAAACCCAAAAAAGAGGAACAUGUCGAAAAGAUCAUUACGUUACCAACCAAUGUCAACAUGAUGGGAAAAGAAUUAAAAAAAUUAUAUCUCGAAAUGCUUUACACACAAAACGAUACAAUAGAGAACACAUUAAAUAUCCUGGAUCAAUGGAUCAAUCACCUGUUAAAAAUAGAUUGUUCCAAACAAGACAUUAUAUCCACCUUGUACGAUAAAACCAUGCAAUAUGAAGAUUUGGAUGAAAAACAUCGUCAUCAAGUCUCCUUUCCCCAUUUAGGCAACAAAUUAACAUCUCAAAUGACGCUAGAACAAACCUAUCUGAGAGAAUGGUGGCACUAUGUAAAGAAUCGUGGAUCAUCCGAUGCGAAAUUCGAAAAAAUGAGUGGCAUCAUACUGAAACUAAAAGAAGCGAGACUUCAGGUGAUCCUUUAUUGCUUUAUCGCUAGGCUUGUUGCAACUUUGUCUGAACACACGCUAAAGAGAGAUCCUUUAGAAAUGGCCGAGAAAUUCUUUAAAAAGACAGUUUUACCCUAUGCUCUAAACGACAUCACGGAUUUCUUGACCGAAAUGGAUUCAGAGGAUGGUGCAGCUGCUGUCAAAAGAAGAGAUCCCGCAGAUUUAAAUGAUUAUGUAUUUAUGCAAUUAUUAGAAAAAAGCUUUACCGAUUUACCUGACCUCACGAGUAAAUUUCGAGAGAAUGUCGGUAUGGAUGAUAUGGCCUCGUCACCUUCACCAAUAUCAUCUUUGGACGAUGACGAUGAUCUUGAUGAGCCUGUUGUGCAACUAAAACCCCAAAGACCCAAAGAGGGACUACCACAGCGACCCAAAGAAGUACAACCCCAACGACCUGCCUAUCCAAAACGUUCUCAGUCAGACCACUUUCAAACUAGACGAGCCAAAUCUGAUUUAGGAAUUUCUAAACAUGACCGUAAACCAAAUACAACAACAACACUAUCUGCUUUAUCGAAAUAUGCAAAACCAUUGAUUCCAAUUCCAAUCCAACGCUCUUCCAGUAGUAAUAGUAUGUUGGAUGGCUUACAAAAGCGUAUGAUAUCUGUAUCGAAUACCAAAGUAGCGGAAUCCCGACAAGCACCAUUGAAAAGAACAGGUAGUUUCACAAAAAGUGCGCAUUCGCCUAAGCGUACAAAGACGUCCGCAUCCAUGCUGUCCAAUGAUAAGACUGGUACGACAGUUAUCUUGCGAAGAACAGAUUCAGCUGACCCGAAAACUACGCCACGUACUUCACUUAAUCGUCAUCUUGGAACCAACCUCUUUACCGAAUAUUCAGAAAUCUGCUUGUCGCCGUCGUCCAAGACAGGGCUUGAAGAUGGAGGGACUUCUUCACAAGAGUUUCUUGCGUCUGAAUAUCCUGCACAGGGCAAGACGCCUCAAGGUACAGCCAAUCGAUUCCGAAGGAUUAUGAACCGUACACCGCACCGAAAUGAUGGCGAUAUAGAACUCAUGGAAGAUGAAUUGAGUGUACCACGCGAUGAAGAGAUGCAUACACCGCAACCACCUUAUACCCCACGCACAGCUGCCAAACGCGCCAAGGACAGAAUUGAUCGAUCACAAAUUGCCGUACAUCCUGGUCGUGAUUUGACUUCACGAUUUCAAAAUAUCUUUGAUGAAGAGAAACAGGACCGACCGAUAUAUAAGCAAAAUCAUUUCUUGUUUGAAGGAGAGGAUGAAAAUGUGGAUCCGUUCUCUGAUAAUGAUUCUUCUUCUUCUUCGCGUCCUUCGUUAGCAGCAGCAACAACCACGGCGUCUAUCAUGAAUAGAACCUCGUCAUUUGGAACGGAUACGCGUAAAGUAUCAGGAUUGAAUUUUGUGGAGGACAGUGAUAGCGAGAGUGAUAAUGAGAGCAAUAUUAGUUUACAGAUGGAUAAUUACGGCAGAAACUAUUUGUUUUAAAUGGACUAAGCCAAUUUAAGGUGCCACGAAUAAUAUUUGUAUGAAUUUCAAAAAAAAAAAAAUAUAUAUAUGAAUACACAAAAAAUUAUGUCAUUGAUGUAAGAUCUUUCUGUUUCUCCAAAUAAAUUAAAUGUUUACC